GGGGCGUGCGUCAGUCGCGCACCGAGCGCUAUACUACGAAUACGUCGGGUGGCGCCGCGCCGACCCGCAGUGUGCUGGUGUUGUGUCACAGCGGUGGGCCAGGUCGGUUUCGAGAUUUAUUCGUUCCGACGUAAUCAUGGCUCUCAAUUCGGACGGUGAACAGAAAUCGAACCUGGUCCUCCGCGUAGACCAGGAUUCUGACUCGGUUUUGCAGUCACUAUUCGACACAGUGCUUAAGCCUGACUCAAAACGACCGCUACAGGUGCCUCUGCGUAUGCGACAGCUUCCAAAGUCGUUCUUUAACCCGCCGUCGACCGGUUCCAAGUCGCCAUCUGUGUCUCAUUCGCGUGAAAAUUCGGCUGAUUCUGCGUUUGGGUCUUCAUCUGCAACUGGCACAGCUCCCGUGUCCCAUUCUCGUGCACACUCGUCUCCAGCUAGUUUACAACAGACAUAUGCUGCAGGUCAACAGAAUCAGCAACCACCUUUACCGCAUCAACACGCAAAACAGAGAUCCUACGAUGUUGCUUCACAUAUUCCAGAUGAACUGGGACCUUUACCAGCUGGAUGGGAACAAGCUCGCACUCCAGAGGGACAGAUAUAUUAUCUCAAUCACAUAACCAAGACGACCACAUGGGAGGACCCUCGGAAGACAUUGGCGGCGCAAACAGUGUCCGCAGGCGUGCAACAUCAGAACGAGAUACUCACCCCACCACAGACUAUAGCAGCCACCCCGACUGCAGCGAAGAGUACAAGCACUAACACGACGACAGAUCCCCUCGGACCUCUGCCGGACGGCUGGGAACAGGCGACUACACCAGAGGGAGAGAUAUACUUCAUCAAUCACGCAGCCCGAACUACAUCCUGGUUCGAUCCCAGAAUACCACAACACUUGCAGCGCACUCCCACGUCAGGCGGCGCGGCCGGCGGCGGCUGGGCGAACGCGGCGUGCCAACAGAAACUGAGGUUGCAGUCGCUGCAGCUGGAAAGAGAGAGACUCAAACAGCGCCAGCAGGAGAUACGACUCCAGCAAGAGCUGAUGGCGCGGCAGUCGUCGUCUAUAGUGUCGUCGUUGGCCACCACGGAGGUGUCUCUGGACCCGUUCCUGUCGGGCAUCAGCGAGCACACGCGUCAGGAAUCAGCUGACAGCGGGCUGGGCAUGGUACAGUACUCAGUGCCUCACACGCCGGAGGACUUCCUCGCCAGUAUGGACGACCGUAUGGACGUGGCCAGCGAACCCGGCGCGCCCAUGGACGCUGACAUCACACUCGGAGACACUGAUCUGCUCGGAGACUUCACAAAUGAUAUUCUAGACGACGUACAGUCUCUGAUAAAUUCGACGCCUAACAAGCCAGAUAACGUUUUAACCUGGCUGUAGACGUCGGCUGACUGUCGUCAUGUCGGCGGGCAGUGUCGGCGAGUCCGCGUGUUGUCUGCAUGUCUGCUAGUUUGGGUGUCGUUUGCGGCGACAUUUAAAAACUUUUAUUAGUUGUUACAUAUGUCAUACGAUGUAGAGUACUUACAGCUUCCGAUAACGUCGUCUAUAAACCGACAGUUAUGGUGUACAUUUCAAUAAACGGCAGUAUAUAGUAACGUGUGAGUGUGCGGACGGUCAGGAUCACUGUAGAUGAAUUAACUUGUAGCUAACAUUGUCCAGAGGUGCCUUAGUUUAAUGUUCAAAAUUUCAUGUCUCCGCAUUUACCCGAAUGAGACAAAUGAUGGUUAUGCGACGUCUUGGAUAAAUGCGUUUGUUAAAGCGGGCAUUCGAUAUACCAAAUCGUCGAGUAUCUCAAUAUGACAAAAUGUGUUUCUAGCACGAGGUGGCGUCUAUCGAAAAUCGGUAAAAACUUCUUUGGACCGAGCAAAGUAUGUGUAAACGAGGACUGUCGGUCUCUAAGUAAACGACGCACUCCCGUGCUAAGGCCCGUUUAAGAAUUCGAUCGAAAUGGAUUUAUUGUGUAGCCAUGCCCAUCUCUAUGGCUAGUCAAUACUGUUAUAGUGUUUAAGUAUUCGAUAUUUGGGCAACCGAGCGUCGACGGAGGGCUGCAAAACUUUCUUUCGCCUUCGAAAGAAAUCUCUUGCAUAUUGUCUUGUGAGCUAGGUUUCCCAUACUCUUCACUUCUAGACUAUCGGAAAGCCUACAUUUCACACAACAACGAGACCGCGUCGGCUGGCCGGGAGCGACGCGUCGUUCUCUUUGAGCUAUGUAACUGUGACUGUGAUGACACCUUGACGUAACAGUGCCUUAUUGUGCCUUUAUACAAUUUAUUUAUUGUGUUUAUUGAUAAGAUGUCGAUGAUUAUAUUUCUACAAUUAUUUUUUACGAUCGGUCUUUUUGAUGUAUGUAUUAAUAUUACUUAAAUAAAAACUACUUAUGUAAUCUACGUAGUUACGUGUUUUUGUCUACUUACACCGUCCUUGUGUAUUUUCGAGAUUAUGUCUAGUAAUAGGUAUAGGCGUCGAGACCUAGUUAGUUAUUUUGGCAACUAUUAUGUUUACUUAAACAUUAUGUUUGAUUUGUACGAUGUAUUUUAGUAUGCAUGUGUAUUGGAUGUAGGCUGUAGGGAGUUCUAUAACGGCUAUAGUUGGCGCGCGCUGCCGCGACAUCGUCUCGCAGUGCUUGUAUGUGUGUGUCUGUGCGUGCAAUAUGUGUGAGUACUCGACUAUAGCGGGCUACAGUGCACUGGUGCCUUUAUGAUACACAAUAAAAUAUGUUUUUUUUUUUCUAAAUUGCGUUUUAGCCCACCUAGUCUUUAGGAUGUGUAUGAUUCAGUAAGAUCGUUUGGACAAUAAUGAAAUUAGGACUAAAAAAAAUAUUUUUUAAAAAUACUACAUUGAAAACUUUGCCAUAUUAGUAAAAGUACUAUAUUCUUGUAAGACUUAAAUGUAAUUAUCAAUCUUAUAAGUAAAUAGCAAUUCUGUAACUAUAUGUAGGUGUAGCGGUGCUGGGUUCUUUAAUGGGUACGUUAUAUCUUGUAUCCCUUCGUCGUACUUUUUAUUAUUAUUCGUCUUUUAUUAAUUCUUAUACAUUGUAAGUAGAGAUUCUCAUAUUGUUCGGUUCAUUAUUCUGUAAACGCUUUUCCUUACCUUUAGCUUGUAAAUUAUAUACAACUGUAAUUUCGUUAGUGACAUUUUUAAUGUCUUUGCUAUUUUUUAUCUGUGUCCAAUGACACAGAUAAUGCGAUACAUUAACUGAACGUCAGGAACUUCUUGGUGUCCGCACGUAAUGAGUCGACGAUGGAAACGCUUUAGCAGCGAUGAGGCAAUUUCAAAGCUUUAAUAUAUUAAUGUACUAACUUCGUUAACCAAAGAUCGAUGACUAAUCAAAUUGACAACGAACAUAUCAAAGUCAUAGCUAUUUCAAUCUCAGAGUCGAGUUGAAGCCAAAAAAAAUAUAUAGCCCAUCGACCUGAAAGGAAUACGGAACAGGUAUUCCCACGUGGACUCAUUACGUGCGAGUGUCCAACAGCGAGUUGUAAAACAAUGUGAGACAUUCCAUGUUUACCGCGUCUUUGGGACAAGUCUUGGGACAACACGAAUAAUCAUCGGAACAAUAUAGCGUUUGAGCUCUAACAACGUUUAUUUCUUAAGUAUAGACUAUAUUUACAUACAUAUCUCUCAGUCUGACUCAUGCAAGUUUUCUUUGUAGUGUAUAUAUGACAUUGCUUGUAUCAGUGUUAUAACAAUGAAAUUAUGAAUGUCAUUUAAACUAUUUUUUUUUUAAUAAUUUCAUUGUAAAUAAUUUGAUAUUCUUAUAUGAAUUAAAUAAAUAUUUGUUUUAAUAUC